AAAGAAUAAUUCAUACUAGUUGAUGAGUGUCAGGAAAGUAUGCGCUCACACGCAUUCCUUCCUCUGAAAGUGACAGUCUCCAUGUGUUCGGGUUGAUCUUUCAACAGUGGCAUCAGCCAGGUGGACUCUGCAAGGAAUGGUUUGAGCUGCAGACAGAGUUUCAUUUAACUUCCUUUUCCCAGCCAAGACUGGUCCCCAAGCUAGGUUUUCUUACGAGGUUGUUUGCUACGUGAAAAGCAAAUUCCCGGAGGUUCCCCCGGAUUGCCCACACCCUAUGCUGGGAUGACCGCUCCCCCGCCCGCCCACCCACCCACUAAUAAGACAUAAUGCUGUCCUAUUUUUGGUAACAAUUAAAGGGCCUCCCGGUGAAAGCAGAACGCUGUUUAUUUUCUGUUACAUCACUUCACUUGCCUUCGAAGACUGCUCUGCGCUCACUGUUUUCUGUGAUGCGAGCCGGCUCUUUUCCUCCAGCAAUUGGCUCGCUCCCAUCUCGCAGCACCUCGCAGGUCUCUUCCCCCAGCAGUGCUCUGCCUGAGCGAGGAACAGCUCACGAAUCAGCUGGAGGUCCCUGUUUUGAAAAAGCAGAUACAGAGGCAGAGAAGGGUGGACUCCCGUGUGACCUGUUCCUAGAGCAAGACAAUCUGCAGCUGAAUUCUAGAAGCCCUGUUCAUGUGUGGGGAGAUUUUCUCGACUGCAUGGAAUCAGAAAGAAGCAGAAGGAUGGGAAAUGCCUGCAUCCCCCUGAAAAGAAUUGCUUAUUUCCUAUGCCUCUUUUCUGUGGUGUUGCUGACUGAGGGGAAGAAACCAGCGAAGCCAAAAUGCCCUGCCGUGUGUACUUGUACCAAAGAUAACGCUCUAUGCGAGAAUGCCAGGUCCAUCCCGCGAACCGUUCCUCCUGACCUUAUCUCACUAUCCUUUGUGAGAUCUGGCUUCACUGAAAUCUCAGGAGGGAGUUUUUUAUUCACACCAUCGCUGCAGCUCUUGUUAUUCACAUCCAACUCCUUUGAUGUGAUCAGUGAUGACGCUUUUAUUGGUCUUCCACAUCUAGAAUAUUUAUUCAUAGAAAACAACAAUAUCAAGUCCAUUUCAAGACAUACUUUCCGGGGACUCAAGUCUUUAAUUCACUUGAGUCUGGCAAACAACAAUCUCCAGACACUCCCAAAAGAUAUUUUCAAAGGCCUGGAUUCUUUAACAAAUGUGGACCUGAGAGGGAACUCAUUUAAUUGUGACUGUAAACUGAAGUGGCUGGUCGAAUGGCUCAGCCACACCAAUGCAACGGUGGAAGACAUCUUCUGUGAAGGCCCCCCGGAAUAUAAGAAACGCAAGAUCAAUAGCCUCUCCCCCAAGGAUUUUGAUUGUAUCAUUACAGAAUUUGCAAAGUCUCAAGAUCUGCCUUAUCAGUCACUGUCCAUAGACACUUUUUCCUACAUGAAUGAUGAGUAUGUGGUCAUCGCUCAGCCUUUUACUGGAAAAUGCAUUUUCCUGGAAUGGGACCAUGUGGAGAAGACCUUUCGGAAUUAUGACAACAUUACAGGCACGUCCACCGUGGUGUGCAAGCCGAUAAUCAUUGACACUCAGCUCUAUGUCAUUGUGGCCCAGCUGUUUGGCGGCUCUCAUAUCUAUAAGCGAGACGGUUUUGCCAACAAAUUCAUAAAAAUCCAGGAUAUCGAAGUUCUCAAAAUCCGAAAACCCAAUGACAUCGAAACGUUCAAGAUCGAAAACAACUGGUACUUUGUCGUUGCUGACAGUUCCAAAGCUGGGUUUACCACCAUUUACAAAUGGAACGGAAACGGAUUCUACUCCCACCAAUCCUUACAUGCCUGGUACAGGGAUACCGAUGUGGAAUACCUAGAAAUAGCCAGACCACCACUGGCCCUCCGAACACCUCACCUAAUUCUGUCCAGUAGUUCCCAGCGCCCUGUCAUUUACCAGUGGAGCAAAGCAACGCAGCUAUUCACUAACCAAACUGACAUUCCCAACAUGGAGGACGUGUACGCAGUGAAGCACUUUUCUGUAAAAGGUGACGUGUACAUCUGCUUGACCAGAUUCAUCGGCGACUCCAAAGUCAUGAAAUGGGGUGGCUCCUCUUUCCAGGACAUUCAGAGGAUGCCAUCGCGGGGCUCCAUGGUGUUUCAGCCCCUGCAGAUAAAUAACUACCAAUAUGCAAUCCUCGGAAGUGAUUACUCCUUUACGCAAGUGUAUAACUGGGACGCGGAGAAAGCCAGAUUUGUGAAGUUUCAGGAAUUAAACGUUCAGGCCCCCAGAUCGUUCACGCAUGUGUCCAUCAAUAAGCGUAAUUUCCUUUUUGCUUCCAGUUUUAAGGGGAACACGCAGAUUUACAAACAUGUCAUAGUUGACUUAAGCGCAUGAGACACCAAACUCCACGGCUGCCAUCGGAAACUUUCUACAGUAUGUGACCUGGAUGAACUCAGUGCAUGAUGACUCUUCUUACCACGCUAGCAGAUGAAUGCCUUUCAACAUCGAGACUACUAAAGCCAACACUACCAGUAUCACCGUCCUCAGCUGUCCAAUCCAGUGGUGUGGGAAGUUACCUUUUCUAAGACAAAGUUUCCUUAUGUAACUGUUCUUUGCAGUGAAGAAGUGUAAAUAAGUGUUUAAUGGUAUCUGUUACUCCGAUAAAGAAAUAUUCAUAUGUACUUUUCCAUUUAUUUAUUCACGUGUUCAGAAACAACUGCCAAAUAAAAUGUUUACAUUUUCUUUCAUAUCCCAAAGGUAAUUAUUUACAAGAGCUGUUUGAUUCUUGUUGAUUGUAUGUUGAGGAAAUAGUUUUAUAUAAUAGGAUUAUAUUUGGAUCAAGGAUUUAUGGUAUGAAUAUUGAGUAAACUUUAAAAAAAAUGAACAUGAUUUCCCAUAAUUUAUCAACAUGUUUAUCCGGGUUCUAUUAGUGGGUUUUAAACGCUCAGAAGUCAUGACUUUUAGGGACACUUUGAGAUGAGAGGGUUAACACAUUUCAGUGGGAGGAAGGGAGUUUACCUGCUAUGUUCAGACUAGACUGUAAUGCGGAGGGGGCCAUCCUGUGCCACCUCAUGGCCCUGGCUGAAAGUGCCACUCAGCUGUCUUAUAGAGAAACUUAAGAUUUAGGAUUGAAUAGCCCCUGAUCCAGGACUUUCUAGAUAUCUAACUGUAGCGUCGUCUGACAGCUGCUAGGCUGUAGCUUUCCGUACAGGACUUGCCUCCCACCUGCUGGCUCCGGAAGCCUCUCCCCCUCUAUGAUGAAGAAUUUUUGCUUCUAGACACUGGAUUUGCUGUAACUGAGCUGCCACACAGUGCCUACAGGCUCAUGUUUGGUUGUCUAGGUUUCUGUUUCUGGACCACUUGAGUCAUUAGUACCUUGCACACUGCCUGUUGUGUAGAUGCUAGGUUCUCAAAAAAACUGUUUUUCAAAGGCCGGGUAUACAGUCUCAUGGGGAAGUACUUGUGUGGCAUCAUGUGUCAGGCUCUGGGUUCAGUCCCCGGCACCAAACAAAAGCAGUUUUGAAAACGUGUGGCUCCUUCUCUUAUAACAAACCCCGUGAGCCCCUCUGACCCACCUGGUACUUUCCGAGUACUUGUUGAGAGUGUAGUGUGGUUGUGGGAAACUGAUACAGGAGCAGGUGUGAUGCUUGUCCGCUGUAGUCUUGGAAAAAGAAUGGAAGUGAGCAAAAAGUACAGUGAGUGUGUAGAUUCAUCGGAACAGUCUAGACUUGGCAUGUCAUCAGAACAGCUAUGCUCUUUCUUUGACUUAAGGGAAGACAGAAUUUCCAAAGGAGAGUGUGUGGGGAAGACAUUGCCGGCACAAACUUAUUGUGUGUGCUGCCUUUAUGGAGGGCUUUUGAGUUAGCUUAUGUUCCCCACUGGAUGGAGGUGGGCAGAUAACAGCUCCCCAGGACCCGUAGAAGUCUGGUAGACUGAGGCAUACGGGGUCUCCAUGCUAAUGACACAGUCUCCAAAGAGCAAUACCCUGGGCCGUUGUGCAUAAGGACUAGAUUUUAUUACCUAUAUAGGAAAGAUAUUAGGUCUGGCUUCAGGGUUAUAGAGGAGAAAAUAGCUUAACUACUCCUGAUCCUGCACCUGGGAGCACCGGCUGCAGAGCACCUCUUCCUCUGUUCUGAUAAGCAGCAUCAAAUGCUUCUAGAGAAUUCCUGCUUUGUACAGUCCAGGUGGAGCUCCAGCUUUGCCAUGCAUAAGAUUUGCAACAUGCAAGGGACUUAACCCAUCUGAGUCCACUUCUUCAUUUGUAAAGAUGGGCGAUAAUCCCUACUUCCAAGGUGAAGUGAGUUAAGGGAGGAAACACACGAGCAGCAGACGGCAUUCCCCAAAUACAGCCUCUACCACUCGCCCCAUGCUCUGCGAGACCCUGCCCCAAAUUUAUUAAGAGGCAGCAUUUAACUGACCUGUCCUUUGUCUGAAUGGUUGGGGACUUGCUUGUAAUUCAUUGACUAUGGUGAAAAUGAUACAGGUUGGCUUCCAUGCUAGGUCGUGAAAACCAGGAACUCUUUCUUGCCUUGUAAAUUUGGACACUUGCCUGCAGAGCCCCGAACCACUGCAUAAGAAGUCUUACUAACCAGAGGCCAUGGUUCUGUGUUGGAAAACAAACCCCACGGAGCAAUCACCUCCUGGUGCUUUGGUCAACAGGUCCAGCUGGUGUCACAGCCAACAGCCGUCAUCAAGCACCAGUCCUGCGUAGCCUACAACUCCAGAUCCUGCUAUCAAAUCACUACCCGACAUCAGGCCUUCCCAGCAGAAGGGCAGCCAUUAGAGAGCAGCAAACCAUCCAUUGAUAUCCCUGUCCAAAUUCGUGACACAGACUCUAUGAGCAUAAUAAAGUGGUUGUUUUAAAUGGA